CCGGCGCAGAUAGCGGCGGUGCUCAUAUUUACAGCUACCAGCCUCCCGAUGUUAUCUGGGCACCAACCGCCAGGCAGCCGCCGCCGCCUUACUGAUCCAAUUCUGACGUAUACUCAAAAAUUUCCGGCACGGUGCUGUGAUGAUGAAGUAGUGCACGUUGGAGGAGAUUUGUCACUGUGUUUACACUGCUUUACACAUAGUAUGUUUUGUUCGUGGUGUUAUUGGAUUAAUUUAAUUUAAUUUUUCCUACAAUUCUAAAUUCCCAUAA